AUGUCUGCUGAAAAUAAGGAACAAAAGCCUGCUGCUGCUGCUCCUGCUGCCGAGCUCGAUCCUGUUGCCGCUGCUAAAAAGGCAGAAAAAGAAAAGAAGAAUGAGGAGAAGCGUCUUGCCAAGAUGGCUAAAUUUGCUGCCAAACAAGCCAAGCUCGAGGAAGCCAAGAAAGCCAGUGCUGCUAACCCUGACAAGAAGAAAAAGAAGGAGGCCAAGGCUCCUGCUCCCGUCUUUGUCAACAAGACACCCAAGGGUGAAAAGAAGGACAUGUCUGAACCUUUUGCUAGUGCUUAUGAUCCUCGUGCUGUUGAAAGUGCUUGGUAUGAUUGGUGGGUCAAGGAGGGUUUAUUCAAGCCUGAAUUCGGCCCUGAUGGUAAACCCAAGCCUGAAGGUACAUUUGUGAUUCCUGCACCACCACCCAAUGUCACUGGUUCUCUUCAUAUCGGACAUGCUUUGACUGUAUCCAUUCAAGAUGCAUUGAUUCGUUGGAACCGUAUGUUGGGAAAGACCGUCUUGUUUCAAGCUGGUACUGAUCAUGCUGGUAUUUCAUGUCAAUCCGUUGUCGAAAAGAUGCUGUGGAAGGAAAGAAAGAUUACUCGUCAUGAUUUGGGCCGUGAAAAGUUUGUUGAGGAAGUGUUUGCUUGGAAGGAAAAGUUUGGUAACAAGAUUUACAACCAAUUUGAACGUCUCGGUGCUUCCUUCGAUUGGGAAAGAGCUACAUUCACCAUGGACCCUGGACCAUCUGCUGCUGUGCGUGAAAACUUUAUCCGUCUUCACCGUGAUGGCAUCAUUUACCGUGCUAACCGUCUUGUCAAUUGGUGUGUUCAGCUCAACACCACCUUGAGUAACUUGGAAGUCGAGAACAAGGAAAUUCCAGGCCACACCAUGAUGAACGUUGUUGGCUAUGAUGAAAAGGAAAAGUUUGAAUUUGGUGUCUUGAAUGAAUUCGCUUAUCAGGUCGAGAAUUCGGAUGAACGUCUUGUGGUUGCUACUACCCGUAUUGAAACCAUGCUGGGUGAUACUGCCAUUGCUGUACAUCCUGACGAUGCUCGUUACAAGCACCUUCACGGUAAAUUCGCAGUGCACCCUUUCAUUGACCGUCGCAUCCCUAUCGUCACUGACGCCAUUGCUGUCGAUAUGGAAUUCGGUACUGGUGCUGUCAAGAUUACACCUGCUCACGAUUUCAACGAUUACGAAGUGGGCAAGCGUCAUGAUUUGGAAUUCAUCAACUUGUUGAACGAUGACGGUACUUACAACGAGAAUGCUGGCCCUUAUCAAGGCAUGAAGCGUUUCCAUAUCCGUAACAAGAUCAUUGAGGACCUCAAGGCCAAGGGAUUGUUUGUCGGUGUCAAGCCUAACCCCAUGACCGUGCCUGUCUGUUCCAAGAGUGGUGAUAUCAUUGAGCCCAUGAUGAAGCCUCAAUGGUGGGUCAAGUGUCAAGGUAUGGCUGAGAAGGCCAUGCAAGCUGUUACUGAUGGUGAGCUCAAGAUUGCUCCCAAGGUCUCUGAGGGCGAUUGGUUCCGUUGGUUGGGUAACAUCAAUGACUGGUGUAUCUCCCGUCAAUUAUGGUGGGGUCAUCGUAUUCCUGCUUACUUUGUCAACAUUGAAGGUGAGACCCACGAUCGCAUUGAUGAUGCCAUGUGGGUUACUGGUUCGGAUGAACAAGAUGCCCGUGCUCAAGCUGAAGCUAAGUUUCCUGGCAAGAAGUUCACCUUGGAGCAAGAUCCCGAUGUCUUGGAUACCUGGUUCUCCUCUGGUUUGUGGCCCUUCUCCACCCAAGGCUGGCCCGAAAAGACCUUCAACAUGGAGCACUUUUACCCUGCCUCUCUCUUGGAAACCGGUUGGGAUAUUCUCUUCUUCUGGGUUGCCCGUAUGGUCAUGCUUGGUAUUCAAUUGACUGGUAAGGUUCCCUUUGCUGAAGUCCUCUGUCAUGCCAUGAUCCGUGAUGCCCAUGGUCGUAAGAUGUCCAAGUCCCUUGGUAAUGUCAUUGAUCCUGUCGAUGUCAUUGAAGGUAUCACUCUUCAAGGUCUUCAUGCCAAGCUUUAUGAAGGCAAUUUGGAUCCUAGAGAGAUCAAGAAGGCUGAGGCUGGUCAAAAGGCUGAUUUCCCCAAGGGUAUUCCCGAGUGUGGUACUGAUGCCCUUCGUUUCGCUCUCUGUGCUUACACCACCGGUGGCCGUGAUAUUAACCUUGACAUUUUGCGUGUGGAAGGCUAUCGUAAGUUCUGUAACAAGUUGUGGAAUGCUACUCGUUUCGCCUUGAUGAAGCUAGGUGAUGAUUUCAAGCCCAAUGCUUCUGCUGAACCCACUGGCAACGAGUCGUUGGCUGACAAGUGGAUCCUCUCCAAGCUCAACAAGUGCGCUAUUGACACCAACAAAUUCCUCGAAGAACGUAACUUUAUGAUGGCCACCAACGCUGUCCAUCAAUUCUGGCUCUACGAUCUCUGUGAUGUCUACAUUGAAGUUGUCAAGCCCAUCUGUGAUGCUGAUACAACCGGUGAUGAAGCUGCUACUGCUCGCAAGGUCACUGCUCAAAACACAUUGUACACCUGUCUUGAAGCUGGCCUUAAGCUCAUGCAUCCCUUCAUGCCCUUUGUUACUGAAGAACUCUUCCAACGUCUCGGUCGUCGCCCUAGUCAUGAUGAGCCUACUAUUGUCAAGGCUCGCUAUCCUGUUGAAAACAAGGCUUACGAUUUUGCUGAUGCUGAGAAGGAGUUUGAGUCUGUCUUUGAGACCGUCAAGAGCAUCCGUUCCAUUGCUACUCAAUUAAAACAAAAGAAGAACAUUGUUGCUUACAUUCAAACCAACGAAGCUGGUCUCAAGUCUCUGUUUGAGUCCAACAAGGACUCUAUUGCUACUUUGGUUAAGGGUGUCGAUGCACUGUCCAUCAUUGAUGCCAGUGCUGAAACUCCUGCUGAUUGCGAUACCGCCACUGCUGGUGACAAUGUCAAUGUCUUUGUUCGCAAGUAA